AUUUAUGCAUUUAGGUGGUGAUCGCCUUACGCUACCUAUCCACCAACGUACAUCAGGACGUUCUGGCGGAUACCAUCGGCACGAGCCAUGAAGAGGUUUCCACUGCAAUCCGAGAUGUCGUGCAAGCGCUGAACAAUCCCGUUAUCGUACGGCACUUUAUCCGCUGCCGAUUAGGGGACACUUACUAUUGCCGAAAAAGCGCCGCCGCUUUUGCACGAACAGGACCUUUUCCGAACGUCAUUGGCGCUGUCGGCGGAAGCUGCAUACGGAUACAGGAGCCAGCGGAUUCUGGGUGGCAAUAUUACUGCCGCGAAGGCUUCACAGCCUUGAACGUCCUGGCAGCCGUUGAUGCCCGCGGAAGGUUCGUGUAUGUGAAUGCGAACUUUCCGGGGUCUGUCCAUGAUGCCAGCGUUUUUACCGCUUCGCAGGUGAAACAUGCCUACGAAGAAGGUAAAGUUCCGCAUGGUUACGUCUUUAUUGGAGACGCUGAGUUUGCUAAUGGGAAUGACGUUAUCACACCCAUCAGAAAUCCAACAACUAAGCAGGAAGUCUCUUACAACGAAUGGCACUUGAAGAUGCGAUCUGUUGUCGAGGACACGUUCGUGUUGUGGAGGAAGAAGUUCUCUAUUUUGAACGAUAAGAUACGUGUGGCCCCAAAACAUGCAGCUAAAGUAAUUAUAGCAUGUGCAGUUCUUUAUAAUAUGAUGAUGACUAUGGGAUGCCUGCGUUCAAAGAAACUUGGGCACAGACUAGCCAUUAUUCGAAAUCCGCCAGAUGACUGCACUGACAUUCGAUCAUAUUUGGUCAGCUGUUUGUAG